GUAGGGACUGGAGGGAGUGGGGGGAAGAGGCCUCGCUCCGAGGAGGGAGCAAUUGAAUUUCAAACACAAACAACUGCAUGAGCGCUCACCCACCUCCCGGGAGCUAAGGACCCCCCAAUCAGCGGCCCGCACCCCUUUACUGGAGGCGGAGAAGGAAGAGAAGGCGCGGGGAACUGAGCCUCGGGAGCCGGGGCCAGGGGGUGGGCGCCUGUUUCAGGGCAGGGGGGAUUGCACGAGGAAGAGGAGGGGGCCCGAGCGGCGCCUCCCCCUGUCCCCCUUUCGCGGUAGCGGAGUCAAACUUCAGCUCUCUCCUUCCCUGGGCCCCCCUUCCGCUCCAGAAUUGAGUUUGGGGGAGCCACCGGAACCCCCAAGAUGUCCCGCUCCAACAGGCAGAAGGAAUACAAAUGCGGAGACCUGGUGUUCGCCAAAAUGAAGGGAUAUCCUCACUGGCCGGCCCGGAUUGAUGAAAUGCCAGAGGCUGCAGUGAAGUCAACAGCCAACAAGUACCAAGUUUUUUUUUUCGGGACCCAUGAGACAGCAUUCUUGGGUCCCAAAGACCUCUUCCCGUAUGAGGAAUCCAAGGAGAAGUUUGGCAAACCCAACAAGAGGAAAGGUUUCAGUGAGGGUCUGUGGGAGAUAGAGAACAAUCCUACUGUGAAGGCCUCUGGCUACCAGCCAUCCCAGAAAAAAGGCUGUCCAGAAGAUGCUGAGCCUGAUCGAGAGGUAUCAGAAGGGGAUGGGGAGAAGAAGGGGAACACAGAUGGUAGCAGUGACGAGGAGGGAAAGCUGGUCAUUGAUGAACCUUCAAAGGAAAAGAAUGAGAAGGGAGCACUGAAGAGGCGAGCCGGGGACUCACUGGAGGAUUCCCCCAAACGACUUAAGGAAACCCAGGACCCUGAGGGGGAGGGGGAUGAGAAAGAAGAGCUGGCUCUAGAGGGAGAAAGAGCUCUUCCCACUGAAGGGGAGAAGAACAGUGCCCCCUCGGAACCAGGCCCCGGCCGGGGUUUGGUUGAAGAGGAAGAGGAGGAGGAGGAAGACGAUGAAGAAGAAGAAGAAGAGGAAACUGCCAAGGAGGAAGGCCCUACUCAGGGUGUCAGAGAUCACAAGGAGAGCCUGUAGCCGACAAUGUUUCCAGAGGAGCCCCCACCCUGUUCCUGCUGCUGUCUGGGUGCUAUCGGGGAAACUGGUCAUUGCCUGCAAACUGGGAACCCCCCCCUUCUCCUGCCCCCCGCCCCUGAUACCCUGACAUCGGCAGCUCUCUCUUUCUCUCUCUUUGAGCACCCUCUCCCCACUCUCCCUUGGGCCCAGUCCAUACUGGGUAAGGAAGGAAGGGAUCAGGGCCUGGCACCACUGUCUCCCACCACUCUCUCUGACCCUCUUCUGCUAGGCAGUGGAAUGCCUCCCCCCUCUCCUGAGUCUCAACCUCUUCCCUGCUGUCCUCAUUGGCCCCAGCUCUGAUUUUGGGAGGACCCAGUUUUGGGAAGGGUGCUAGCUUCUGAGGGCUGUUAUUUCAGUGGGGAGUUGACUGGGGCUUUCCUGGACUAGCUAACUUCCUGACCUUUCCCUCAGCCUUUCCCCACCUCCACCCCCCAUUCCUGGAAAGACUGGUGAGUGAGGAUGUGGGUUUUAGAAUGGAAAGGAUGGAAGGUAGACUAUAAGAAGGGAGCUGCCCAAAGUUUGGGAGGAGGGUGCAUUACAUGAGGAAGGGGGUGAAUAAUCUCUGCCCUCCAACCCUAAUCUAUCAUCCCCUUGCCCUGGGAUGAUCUGCUGAUUCAGGGAAAGUCUGACAACUGGAGUGGAGUUAGGUAGGGGAAUAAAUGCUUGGUGAUUGGUCCCUAUUCCUGCCUUUGGUACCCUAUAACAUUCUGGGAGUGACAGCUGUCCUAGUCAUUGUUUCUAGGGUUACAAUCUUGGGGCACUGAGGGUCUAGCAGAGGGUUAGGUAGUCCUUGAGUAGGUUCAUGGAGAAGAUAGCCUGGAGAGGGUAUGACUAUAUUUGAAAGCCUCUCCACUGAGGGGUGAGAGAUUGCCCUUCAUACUGUUAUCUGUCUUCUUGCCCUUGGCAUCAUAAAACUCCUUCCCAGGGCCCAACACCUGGGAAGAAGUUGCCCCAGUGAGAUGAGGUGGGGAA